AGAGGCCACGGACAAACAAGCCCUCCUCAGUCCAUAGAGUUUUGAGGAAGAGCAUGACUUCUGGACUGCAGAUAAAAGACGAAGACUGUGGUUUCAAUAAGAAUUUAUUCUGUGUCCCCAAACACUAUGAGGAUGAUCUAGAAAGAGUCUUCAUUCCUCACGGGCUCAUUCUUGACAGGACAGAACGUUUGGCUAGAGACAUCAUGCAAGACAUGGGGAACCAUCCUAUAUUUGCCCUCUGCGUCCUCAAAGGAGGGUAUAAAUUCUUCGCUGACUUGAUGGAUCAUAUAAAGGCACUAAACCGGAACACUGAUCAAUCUGUCCCUAUUACCGUGGAUUUUGUAAAAACAAAAAGCUACUGUAAUGAUAUACCAACUGGAACGGUCAGUAUCAUUGGAGAAGAACUCUCUGCCUUUAAAGGAAAGAAUGUCUUAGUGGUAGAGGAUAUUAUUGAUACUGGCAAGACAAUACAAACACUGCUUUCCAGAAUAAAGGAGUAUGAACCACAGAUGGUCAAAGUAGUAAGCCUGCUUGUAAAACGAACAAUCAGAAGUUCAGGAUAUAAACCUGACUAUAUAGGAUUUGAAAUUCCGGACAAAUUUGUGGUUGGAUAUGCUCUUGACUAUAACGAGUACUUCAGGGACCUAAAUCAUAUCUGCAUUUUGAAUGAGAAAGCCAAGGAAAAAUAUAAACUCUGACAGUGUCGUUAAUUGGAAUCGGGAUCAUGUACUGUCUAUGAAUGAAUAGCAGAGUACAGAAUUUUUUACCACCCAAAAGAACUGCAAUGUUGCCAAUGAAGAUGUAUUUUGUAGUGUAUUUUCCUUAAAAUAAAGAGUGGAAAACGUAUGUAUUUUAUAUAAUACCCCAAGCAUACUUGUCAAGGCUGUUGAACAUGAAUGUACACUUCAUAGAAAAUAUUAUAUUAUCUGCAGUGAGGAAAAAUAAGCUAAACAAGAAUGGCAUUUUGCACAGCAGACCUAUUGAAAUUUUACAGAAGAGCUCAAAUGUUGUUAUAUGUGACUGGCACACAGUAGAACAAGCUGUUUUUGAAAUUAUUUCAGGUAGUAGAGGUUAAUUGCAUCAAUUUUGCAAAUGGUAUAUGAUACACAGAAGCCAGCUUGUGUGUGUGUAUGUUUUAAUCAACAGGGUUGUAACAUAAAUUUGAAGCUAAUUGGGGAGCCAUCUCAACACACAAAUUGUCACAGCAGGUUGCCUGUACUAUUUGUGCAAGUUAUAACGUGUAUUGCAAAUAUCACCAUUUUAAUUGUUAUUGGCAAUGAUGCCUGUCUGAUGAGCCAUUGUAGCAAGAUUACAGUCUAGUGAGCUUUAUCGUUAUUAUAAUUAAUCUAGCACCAUUAGUGUGCAUAAUAACAAUGUACGGGAGUACUUGUAAGCCAAAGAGCAAAAUCUAAAUGUUGACCACGGGGGAUGAAAUGGGAGGGGGCGGAAGGAUAAUAAAAGGGGUGGAUUCUCCCCAUACCCUACCACUCCACUAAACAAAAUUUGAAGCCUUCCUCCAUUUUAAGUGGCUCUUCAGUUGGAGGAAAGAGGAUGUUGUACUAGAUGGACCGCUGGUCUGAUCCAGCACAGCUUUUUUAUGCUCUACCGUAAGUAGGGCUUUGAGCUCAUUUAAGUUUAAUAUAAUUCGGUUUGGUAAUAAUUUGGUAAUAUAAUAUCAAUACUGAGAAUACAUCUAUUGACUGACUUAACAGAUGGCCUUUCUGGAUUAGAGGGAGCUAGCUAGUAUGAUUUAAAAACCUUCCCUAGAUCUUUCAGAGAACUAAUUUGUGCCCAUCUACUGCAAAAUAUGUAAAUGUUGUGGCUAUCUUAAGGAUUCUGCUAAAACGUUAAAAAGAUUAUUACCAAAUUCAAAAUCAUAUUGUCUUACAGAAGUUAACACUUUCUCUAACUUGAGUGUAGCUGGUUUGUGUACCACAACCACCCAUCCUCAAACACCUCCAGUGUUUUCCAAAGGACCUUAAAUUCACAUUUGUAACAUACAAUGAACAUAGAGUUGAAUGUGUGUUCAUACCAUUAGGGAUAAAAAAAUGGACUUGGCCUCUGAUGACUUGGGACCCAAGUCUAUUGUGUGUCAAAGGAACAGUAUCUUAAUGGCUGUAGACAAAGAAAGGAGUAGAUAGCUACUUCUGGGAGUUAGUUGAAGCAUCAAGCAGGAUUGUCUCUCUGGGGAUCUGAUAAUCUGUAAGAGUGCCUCUUUG